GGAAAGAUGGCGGAGGGAGGAGCGGCUGAUCUGGAUACUCAGAGAGCAGAGGUCGCAGCCCUGCUGAAAACUCAGCUGAAGAAGGGAGAUACUUGGUACUUGGUCGAUAGUCACUGGUUCAAACAGUGGAAGAAGUAUGUGGGCUUUGACAGCUGGGACAAGUACCAAAUGGGAGAUCAGAAUGUCUACCCAGGCGCGGUGGACAACUCUGGACUUCUUAAAGAUGGCGAUGUGUUGGCCAUCAAGGAGCACCUUAUUGAUGAGCUGGACUACAUCCUGGUACCCACAGAAGGUUGGAAUAAGCUAGUGAGCUGGUAUGGCUUGACCGAAGCCCAGGAACCCAUAGCUCGAAAGGUGGUUGAGCAGGGGAUGUUUGUGAAGCACUGCAAAGUGGAGGUCUACCUCACUGAGCUGAAGCUAUGUGAAGACAGCAACAUGGAGAACGUGGUCACCCGGCGAUUCAGCAAAGCUGACACUAUAGAUGCCAUAGAGAAAGAGAUGCGUAAGCUGUUCAGCAUUCCGGAGGAGAAGGAGACUCGGCUAUGGAACAAGUACAUGAGCAACACCUUCGAGCCGCUCAACAAGCCCGACAGCACCAUCCAGGAUGCCGGCCUCUACCAGGGCCAGGUUCUCGUAAUAGAACAGAAAAAUGAGGAUGGGUCAUGGCCUCGAGGGUCAUCUGCACCCAAGUCAUCUGGCGCUUCCAAUCUGUCUGCUUUACCAAAGAUCUCGCCCUCAUCCCUCACAAACAAUCAUAACAGCAGCAACAACAACCGGAAUGUGAAGAACUCCAGCUACAGCCUUCCGUCCUACCCGCCCUACAACAGCUACGACUACUCGGACCACUCCCGGCACAGCGAGAAGCCGGGCCUGUGCGGCCUCUCCAACCUGGGCAACACCUGCUUCAUGAACUCGGCCACGCAGUGCUUAAGCAAUGUUCCACCGCUAACGGAAUACUUCCUGAAAGACAAAUACGCAGAUGAGCUGAACGAGGAUAAUCCACUGGGCAUGAAGGGGGAGAUUGCCAAAGCCUACGCAGAGCUCACCAAGCAGGCCUGGUCUGGGAAGUACAGCUAUGUCACGCCAAGAGCAUUCAAGACGCAGGUGGGCCGCUUCGCUCCCCAGUUCUCAGGCUACCAGCAGCAGGACUCCCAUGAGCUGCUGGCCUUCCUCCUGGACGGCCUCCACGAGGACCUCAACCGCAUCAGGAAAAAACCCUACAUCCAGCUCAAGGACGCCGACGGCAGACCAGACAAGGUGGUUGCGGAGGAGGCCUGGGAGAACCACAUCAAGAGGAACGACUCCAUCAUCGUGGACAUCUUCCACGGCCUCUUCAAGUCCACGCUGGUGUGUCCCGUCUGCUCCAAGGUCUCGGUGACCUUUGACCCCUUCUGCUACCUGACGCUGCCGCUGCCCAUGAAGAAGGAGCGAACGCUGGAGGUCUACCUGGUGCGGCUCGACCCCAGCGCCAAACCCACUCAGUACAAACUGACUGUACCCAAGGUCGGGUACAUCUCAGAUCUCUGCACUUCGCUGUCUACCUUAUCUGGUGUUUCUGCUGAAAAGAUGAUUGUCACAGAUAUCUAUAACCACCGUUUCCACAGAAUCUUUGCCACCAAUGAAAACCUGAGUAGCAUCAUGGAGCGUGAUGAUAUCUAUGUGUUUGAGGUGGCCGUGAACCGCAUGGAAGACACGGAGCAUGUGGUGAUCCCCGUGCAGCUGCGGGAGAAGAACAAGCAGUCGGGCUACAACCACAGCAGCACGCCGCUGUUCGGACAGCCCUUCCUCAUCACCGUGCCACGCUCGCUCAGCGAGGACAAGCUCUACAACCUGCUGCUGCUCCGUCUGUGCCGUCACCUGCGCUGUCCAGUGGAGGAGGAGGAGUCGGAAGAGAGCGCCCCAACCAAACAACACGCCACAGUAAACGGCAACGCCACCAACGGCAUCCUGGAGGAGGGAUCACCAAGUGAGAUGGAAACAGAUGAGCAGGACGAUGAAUCAAGUCAGGACCAGGAACUGCCCUCGGAAUGCGACAACAGCCAAUCGGAAGACUCCGUGGCAGGGGACAACGAAUUGGAGAACGGUGUCGGUCAAGAGAACACCACCACCAAAGGCCCGCCCUCAGUGGCAAGCCAAAAAAAGCGACUCUUUACAUUCCAGUUCAACAACAUGGGCAAGACGGACUUCAGCCUAAUCAAGGAGGAGUCGCGGCAGAUCCGAUUUGAUGAGGGACACCUACGGCUCAGUGAUCGAUCUUAUCUCUCACUGGACUGGGAACAGGAGACAAAGAAGAAGUAUUUCGAUGAGACGAUCACAGAGGACUUUGACAAACACGAGAGCAUGGAGUACAAGCCUCAGAAGAAGGCUUUCUUCAAGCUAAACGACUGCAUUGAACUUUUUACUACCAAAGAGAAGCUGGGCGCAGAGGACCCUUGGUACUGUCCCAACUGCAAGCAGCACCAGCAGGCCACUAAGAAGUUGGACCUGUGGUCGCUGCCGCCGGUGCUGGUGGUACACCUGAAGCGCUUCUCCUACAGCCGCUACAUGAGGGACAAGCUGGACUCACUGGUGGACUUCCCCAUCAGAGAUUUGGACAUGUCUGAGUUUCUCAUCAACCCCAACGCCGGGCCCUGUCGCUAUGACCUCAUUGCUGUGUCCAACCAUUAUGGUGGAAUGGGUGGAGGCCAUUAUACUGCUUAUGCCAAAAACAAGGAGGAUGACAAAUGGUACUACUUUGAUGACAGCAGCGUGUCUCCUGCCAGCGAAGAUCAGAUUGUAUCCAAGGCGGCGUACGUGCUGUUCUACCAGCGUCAGGACACUGUAAAGGGAACGGGCUACUUCGCCUUGGACCGAGACGACCACGAGGAGCAACGCAGCUCCUCGGCACAGGGCGGCGCCAACAACCAGAGCGAAGAAGAAGAAGAAGAAGAGGAGGAGGAGGAGGAGGAGGAGGAGGAAGAGGCAGAGGCAGAGGGAGACGUGAAUGACAAUGCGAAUGAGAAUGAGGAGGAGCCCGAGCCCAACCAUGACGUCACUAUGAACACCAACUGAGGAAGGGACAUCAUGGCGUUACGGCGGGACGAUGAAAGCCAUAUCCACCCAGAGCAGCGCGCAGGAGGGACACGGCACAGCGGCCUCCUACUGUAGGGAGACUGUCUGGGGAAGGGCCCACACACACACACACACACACACACACACACACACACACACACACACACACACACACACACACACACACACACACACACACACACAACUGUGCUGGAAUAUUUCGAGCAAUCAGGGCCUUCCUCAGUGAACACAAUAGUGUGAUGUUGAUUAUUAGAGAAAGAUGGGGUGGGGGAGCCAUACACAAAACAAACUCUAAAGGUAGAGAGCUAGAGUACAACAAAAUGGAGAGAUGGGGUAUGCCUGCAGAUGUCCUGGUGUAACUUCUGAGAAUGUCGGCAGUGUAACGCUGUACUUUCUCCCAAUUUGCUUUCCUAAUAACUGCAAGAAAGAGGGAGAGAGUGGGUAAGUUACAUAUUUGCAUAUCAUCAUUGUUAUGAUUUUUUGGCCUUGUAAAUAAUUUAAAUGAACACUGAAUAUGAGGGUUUAUAAGUGGAUGGACUGCUUUUGUUUAGUUGCACAAUCACUCCAUUUUAUGUUAUUGUGUUAAUUUUUUUUAUUUUAGAUUUUUCGUGCCACACAUACUGAAAGUAUUUUACAGCCACUAAAGUGUCAUCUCGAUGGAAAAAAAAGAAAAGAUGAAAAAGAGAGCCUGCCUUCCUGCCAUAUUCAGACACCUGAGCAUGAUCAGGAAGGCGUGAAUGAGGUGUGUGGUGUUCAACAUCUUUUUAGUUCACGCUGCUGCACUGUUAGGGGAAAAGGACCCUGAGUUUUAAAAAUUCUUGACAGACAUGUUACAACUAUGUCAUGUACGCCUUAUAGGUCUCUCCUCUUCACAGCGCCUACAGAUGUCAAGAAGUCAACUUCUCUGAAGAGAACGAGACGGGGGGGGCUAUAACUUGAGCUUAGCUUUACAAGGGGGUUUCAGGUAUCCAUGUCAUACCUCCCAUCGUGUUCUCUCGCAAAUAUUAAGGGGAUGGCUUCUUGAGAGGAUGAGAUUUCAACGACAUUAGGGUUUUUUUUUCUUUCUCUCUCUUGUUUCGAUCACCUCAGCCUUAAAACUCUAAUCUCAGACUGUUGCCUUUUCUUUGCACAUUCUAUCACUCACUAUAUGUCUGCAUGUUCUUCAUAUAAACACGAGAUCACACAUGCACUCAUAACAUAUGUCGUUGAGUUAACACUCAACUAACUUGCUUUUACACUGAGGACGUUUUUAGUUUUAAAAAGCCACCAACCUGUUAAGGUUGGUCGGCAGAAUGUAUAUUGGAUGACCGGGAGUAUACCUGACACUUGGAUGAUAUACCCUCUUUCAAGGUAGUGACCAUACCCCUUUCUCCUUUCCCUCCUCCCCUUUUCCUCCAUCCUCCUCCCCUUCCUCCCUCUGCCUCUCCUCCCAUCCCUCCCCACUACCUCCAUCCUCCUCUCCAACCCCUCCCCUCCCCUCUCUCCCCCCCCCCCUUUCCCACCAUCCUCCACCCCUCUUAUGUUUUGGUUUGAAUGUGCAGAGAAAUUGGGUAAUUGCCUUUGAUAUGAAAUGUACAACUCAUGGGGUACUGCUGUACUGUCUUGUGAACAAGACAAGCUUUACGCUGAUCUACUCAACCUGACCACGAGGUGUGGUCCUUCUCUUGAAGACUAAGGGAGAGGGGUGGGCAGAGCUGUAAAAAUUCAAAGUUCCCUGAAGAACCUUUCCAUUUUCCACUGUGGGGGAACCCCUGAUUUUUUUUUCUUUUUUCUGGGGAACCUACAAGUUCUCAGAGGAACCAACAUUGUGGGUGACAAAUAGGUUCUUGGUAGAACCAUGUCUUUAAGGGUUCUUAGAGACCCCAAGAAUCUUAUGGUUCUUUGAGGAACCUUUGAUUGUCACGGUGCAAGAACCCCCAAAGGUUCCCUGAGGGACCUCGGGGGUCUUUCCAGAACUUCUAGACACCUUUGAGAACUUUAAGGUUCCCCAACAGUGCAACUCAAGGUUCUUUGUGGAACUAUGCCAUUUUUACAUUGUGGGGGGUAGGGGGGUGGGGGGUUGGGUUAUAUGACAUGGGGUGACAUAGGCUAUAUAAAUACUGUAUAUAAGAGUUCACUCUGUGAGUGCACAUUUGAUAAAAUUUAUUUAUUUAUAUGUAAGCAUUUAAACUACAGUGUAUUUAAGACCUUGGAAAGACAGAAGAUGUACGGUGGUAUGGCUUUAGUCCUGUAGUUCAAAAAGUCUUGCCUUUUUGCUCUUCUGGGUUUUUUGGGGGGGUCUGUUUUUUGGGGUGCUGGGGUGGGUUGGAGAGGAAUGAUUGAUGCUCUAUUAUUUGGACUUUUUGUAAAGUUGACUUGGACGUCCUUGCAUGAGGGGAUAUCAGAGUUUGGCUGCACUUGAGUUCACUUGGGUUUACAUUUGAGACGUGCAUGUGUAUUUAUAUACUGACUUAAAUAAAGUUGUGUAAAGCCUUA